CUCGGAAUUUAGCCCCACCUCACGGACUAACUCCGACCCCAGGUGCUUGUAGCUCGGGGUAGUGUUUCUGAAACUGGGCGGCUCUCGGUUCCGGGCCCUUGGCUCCUGUUCCGGAAAGCCGGAAUCCUGCUGCACAAUGCCCCAUCUUGGGGGACCCCUGCGCCGCGGGGUCUGGGCUGCGCUGCUCGCCCAGCUCCUGCGACCUCCCCGCGCUGUGUGCGUCCGGGCGGUUGGUUGUCACAGCCAGGUUGCAGAGGCAGUGUUAACAUCCCAACUGAAACCACAUCAAGAAAAACCGCAUUUUGUCAUCAAGGUUCCAAAGGGCACCAGGGAUUUAAGUCCUCAACAGAUGGUUGUGAGGGAAAAAAUUCUUAAUAAGAUUAUCAGCUGCUUUAAACGUCAUGGGGCAAAAGGGUUGGAUACGCCAGCAUUUGAGCUAAAAGAAAUGCUCACUGAGAAGUAUGAAGACAACUUCGGUCUCAUGUAUGAUUUGGAGGAUCAAGGUGGAGAGUUGCUGUCUCUCCGUUAUGACCUCACCGUCCCUUUUGCUCGAUAUAUGGCCAUGAAUAAAUUGAAGAAGAUGAAACGGUAUCAAGUUGGAAAGGUGUGGCGUCGAGAGAGCCCAGCCAUAGUCCAGGGCCGCUACCGGGAGUUCUGCCAGUGCGAUUUUGACAUUGCGGGUGAGUUUGACCCUAUGAUCCCUGAUGCAGAAUGUUUGAAGAUCAUGUGUGAAAUCCUAAGUGGAUUGCAACUGGGGGACUUUGUCAUUAAGGUAAAUGACCGGCGGGUUAUAGAUGGGAUAUUUGCUGUCUGUGGUGUUCCUGAGAGCAAGUUCCGUACCAUCUGCUCCUCAGUGGACAAACUAGACAAGAUUUCUUGGGAAGAUGUGAGACAUGAGAUGGUGGCAAAGAAAGGCCUAGCUCCUGAGGUGGCUGAUCGAAUUGGAGCCUAUAUCCAAUGCCAUGGAGGAAUAUCCCUGGUAGAGGAGAUGUUUAAGAAUCCCAGACUGUCCCAAAGCCAGCUGGCCCUGCAGGGCCUGCGGGACCUGAAGCUGCUCUUUGAAUACCUGACUUUAUUUGGAAUUGCUGACAAGAUCUCCUUUGACCUGAGUCUGGCCCGGGGUCUAGACUAUUACACAGGAGUGAUUUACGAAGCAGUGCUGCUACAGCCUCCAGCUCAGGCUGGAGAGGAGACUCUGAGUGUGGGCAGUGUAGCUGCCGGUGGGCGCUAUGACAGGCUGGUAGGCCAGUUUGAUCCAAAGGGCCAUAACGUGCCUUGUGUGGGGUUGAGCAUUGGAGUAGAGAGAAUCUUCUACCUUGUGGAGCAGAAGAUGAAGAUUUCUGGUGAGAAGGUUCGAACCACAGAGACGCAAGUGUUUGUGGCCACACCCCAGAAGAACUUUCUCCGAGAACGGCUGAAGAUAAUUGCAGAGCUUUGGGAUGCUGGGAUCAAGGCAGAGAUGUUAUAUAAAAUCAACCCUAAACUGUUACCCCAGCUGCACUAUUGUGAGAAAGCAGACAUUCCUCUGAUGGUCAUUAUUGGUGAGCAAGAACAGAAUGAAGGUGUCAUCAAGCUCCGCUCAGUGGCCAGCAGAGAAGAAGUGACCAUUAAUCGAGAAAAUCUUGUGGCUGAAAUUCAGAAGCGACUGUCCGAGUCCUGAUUGCUGCCUAAUUUCAUCUGCUGCCCUUAGAAGGAAAGUUUUCAUCUAGGACUGAGUUCUGGUGGACUUUACAACACUGUCCAGAAUGGAUGUUGUACAAGUGCCUUCUGCCUCUCUCCAUGCUGGAUACAGAAUUACAGAAGGGCCUGAGAUCUCAUGGAUUAGUGAUAGCGGUUACUCUGCUUGAGAUGGCUGUCAUGCCAAAGAGGCAUGCUCUAGCUGCAGAGGCAGACCUGAAGUGCCUCUGAAGUCUGUCAAGAGAUGUUAAGAUGGUUGCCAUGAACAAGGCUCUAGAAGAGUUGCCUCAGUCUGAGACCCUGAACCACUGAAAUGAGAAGCUUUACUUUUGACUAUCUUGAGAACCAGAUUCUGGAGAAUUUGUCUACAUUGGACUAUGGGCUGUCCAUGGAAUAUUAAAAGGACAGCAAGCAUGGACAGUGAACAGAGAGGAUGUCAAGGACUUGGCAGUGCAUCUGUUGGUUCUUCCAGUAACCAGUAGAAGGUUGGGGCUAUUUAAUAAUCUUGAACAUUGAACUUAAUGGAUGAUAAAUUAGUGAUCUGAUAUUUUGAGAUUUUGGACACAAUUGCCUUUGCCACAGUUAACGUUUUCUGUAUUUUUCCACACCCUGCACUGGAGGUGUUCUAGAAGUGGGCAUGUAAUAUGUUACAUUUUAAAAAAUGGACUAGUGGGUUAGAGAUGGCUCACUGGUUAAGGGUGCAUAUUGCUUUUGCAGAGGACCAGAAUUCAGUUCCCAGCACCCACACUAGGGUGAUUACAGCUCUCUGUAACUCCAGGACCAGGGAGUCUGAGGCCCUCCUCUGGGCUCCAUAGACACCUGCACUUAUUGUGCAUGUACUCAUGCACAGACGCAUCCAUGUGAUUAAGAAUAAAAUAAUUCUAAAAGUG